AUGCCCAUCACCUCGGCCCACGAUCUCAACGGCGUCAAAGUUGAAGAGGUGUCCCAUUUGGGCGGAACUGGUUGCUACCCCCGACUUUGGGUCCAACCUUCGCACAGCCAACCUACGCUCGUGCACUCGCGUUUGCAGCCGUCGGCCGGUCUCUUCCGCGUAAUUGCACGCCCCGCAGCUGCACUGCAGUCGGUAGACAACAGCCGACAUCUCUGGCUUAGGGAUCGGGUCUUUUGGCUGCAUCAUUUGCCGGCGGAUUGUUGAGUCGGGCCUGUGGACAACGCAUAUUCCCAGCAGCGCGAAGGAUCUAGCCACGGCUUCAAAGACCCUUUUUUAUGCACGGAAGGUUCCGCCACGAUUUUGGCUGACUAUGUUCUUCAGUCCGCCUCCUUGCUUGCCUUGGGCUCCGUUCAUCGAAUGCUCGUAGAUAGCCGUUGGCUCUGAAGAGUUCUUGGAGGAGCUUCAUUUCGUCAAGUUUGGCGGCUGGUGUGCUGCAAUGAGUUUCCAACCGUCAGUAUAGCGUGCGUACACAGCUUCAUUUGUGUUGCAGUGGGUGGUUGCUGUUGUAAAUGAGCAUUUACAGCGUGUUUGUCGGUUUUCUGUAGACUGAUGUCGCCAGUUUGCCGUCUGGUUGGCGGCAGACUAGAGCAUCCAAGAAUGGAAGUUUGCCCUCCACUUCUUUUUUCAUCGCGAACUGUAGAUCGGGCAAGAUUGAGUUCAAAAGCUCUUCAUAAUAGGUAAUUCUAUUCUGAUCGAUGAUUGCAAAAGUAUCAUUAACGUAGCACACCCAAAACUUAAGUUUGCACUCCUCGAACAGUCGUUUCUCGAGUUUUUGCAGAACCGCCCCGGCAAUGAGCCCAGAGAUUGGUGAACCCAUCGGAGUGCCCUCAAUUUGCUCAUAUGUAGUCCCCUCGAAGGUAAAAAAUGUCCUGGGACGGUGCCCCAUGGGUUCUAUGAGAUCCUGAGCUUUGGGUUGGCCAUCGCCUUCAUCUUAAUUUUGACGUAGCAGGUCACUGGGUGUCUCGACCGCAAGGGCCUGUGGUAUGGACGUGAAGAGUGAGACGACAUAAAAUGACACCAUCCUCUCAUUCGGUUCGAUCGUGACCGCCCUUAUUUUUCAAGAAACUGUUUUACUGAGUGCACUGUUGUUUGUGAGCCCGCAGUUAGCAAUCCUAGCUUCUGAAAUAGCUAAUUUGCAAGCCUGUAUGUGGGUGUGCCUCGGAUUGAGACGAUUGGUCGGAGGGGAACUGGAGGGCAUUGGCGGGCCAGGCACCAAACAAAGUGCGUCAUAUAAGGAGAACUGUGUGCAUGACUUCCCAGUCUCCGAAGAUGGGUAGACGAAGCAGCUACUUGAGACUUCAGACCUCCAAUACACCUCUCCCGGUGAACGCCUCCUUUUCUUUUGAUAUGCCACCUGGGAAUCGCAUUUUCACCACCAUUAAACAGUCCAAUGUUUGACUCAGAACACUGCUUGAGAUGCAUUUGGGUGUGCCCUGACCAAGCUAACCAAGACAGACGACACGCAUUUUUUUUGCAAAUGCGCGUAUUUGGUUGAACUGCCCAGCGAGUUGACGCAGUCCAACCUCUCCUUAUUUUCUCAUCAUUAGUACUCCCUUACUAUCGAUUACUGGUUUACAAAAUCGUACAUUAAUAUGCAGACUUGAUUACAGCCAGCCGAGAGCUUAAAGUCGAUUGAAUCUAAAUUAUCAAAAUGUAGAUUUUUGGACUGCCUACGUAUCAGCUCCGAACUUCCCGUCUUCCUUAAUUAUGAAAGUUUUGUCAUGACUGGGGAGUGACAGAGUGAAGUAAAAAAUAUAGUUUCGGUUCAGAUUUCAUGAAGACAGCAUUAGGCUUUUGUGCUUGACUUAAUUAACCAGGAGUCUUUGUCAGCCUGCGUUCAUUCUGAAGUUCACUUUUUUCCUUCGCAGUACCCCCCCCCCCAUUGAGCAAUUAGUUAUUCGUUGUUUCAUCCUUCUCAGUUAUGUUAUUCGUUCUGGUUGAGAGAGAACAAAGCCAUACAGUGUCUUAAAAUGAAACUUUGGUCGAAUCGUCAAUCAAAAGGCUACAUUUUAAGAGUUGAAAAUGUCAUUGCUCUUUUGCUUCAACCUAUUAAUGUAGAACCCUGAUCUGAUCUUACCUCUAGUUGAUGCGUUGAGGGGAUCCAUAUUUCCGUGUCCGACUGGAAUCUGAUACCCAGCUCUCAUCUGCGGCUGUACGAAUCUGUUCUGAGCACAAUAGCUGCACUUUGAUAAUCCUCCCAACAUGCCGGAGAGACCAACGAAGUCCAAUCGACCUUCCUCUCUAAAGCCGAGGAGUUAGUGUAUGAAGUUUGGCUUGGUUUUGGAAAGAAGUCAACCUCCUUUACAGCACACAACCAACUCGUUCAAGUCAGAAACAGUCAUCUUAACUUGGCUACACCAUGAUUACUGUAAACUAGAGAGCGAGACCGUCAGCCUUUAUGUCAUUAGGUUUACUUCUGUGUUCAUAGUACGUCGCCAGCCUGAUGGUGCUAAUCUUCACUUCGGUGAACAAACUAUAAGAUUUUAUCUAAACUACCGCGCACACAUAGGUCUACGAUGGUAAUGAAAGGUAAAUUAAAGUGCACAAGCCGCACUUUGGGCGUAAACUUCCUGGGUACAACGAGCAGCCACGUCAUGUUUUACCACUCUUGCCUAACCACAGGAUCAUCAUUUCUGGCAAAUGCGUAAUGAACACGUUAGCGUGAGCCAGUCAGCAAUCAACUUCGACGGAAGAGUCAAAUAACUAGUAAAUUUCCUGAAGCAACGCUUGUGUAGAAUGAACCUCGGCAUUCCUUUACUAAAUAAACUCCCCGUUUACUGAUAUCUUUGAGUUUCUACCGCUAAACGGGACAUGUUUAUGAUUGAAAAGGUCAAUAUACAUCCACUACCUUAGCCGUUACAAGGCGAUCUCUGAACAUUUGGCGGGUUGAAAGCAGCUACAGCUGCGUUAACUAUCAUUGACAUCAGGCCAAGGAGCUUUGGUAUGAUAGCCACAAAAUUAAUUGGGGCCAUGAUACAUCUUAUCUGCUGAUGCGCGAUUAGCACUGCUCCUUUUGGGCGAUACCGCUGACAGUUUAAGUUUAUGUGACAACACCACUUUUACCCGAAGACGGGAUUUUCGAUCCAUAAAGAGGAAAAAAUGAGCACGAGGAUAAAUGGUAAGAACUACUAUGAAAAUAUGAGCGUAUGUUCUGCCUAAGCUGCCGUUUCAUGUGCUUUCGACCCAAGAUCUAGGGGCAGAAACAGUUUUGAUUAAGAGAACAAAAAUUAGUUGACGCUUUCAAAGGCUCCAUGUUAACUUUCGACAGCGUUUUUCGAAACCACCCUUAGACUGAAGCUAAAAUCAGGGCUAUCCUCGUGGCCAGGCCUUAACUACCAGAAAUGUCGGUGACGCUGAAAACAACCACUAUAGAACGCACUGUCGUUUGCAAUUCGCGAGACCCCAUUUUCAAUUCUAAGUUCUUAAGUUGCUUUUCCUGAGCAUCUGCAGUGCGUGCGACGCGUCAGUCGUCCACUAGUAGGGCAAUCUAAAUCCUACUGAAAUUAUUAAGUGGACGUAAGGAUGGAACUUACUGUCCUGCGGAUGAUGAUGAUGGUGAUGAUGAUGAUGAUGAUGAUGAUGAUGAUGAUGAUGAUGAUGAUGAUGAUGAUGAUGAUGAUGAUGAUGAUGAUGAUGAUGAUGAUGAUGAUGAUGAUGAUGAUGAUGAUGAUGAUGAUGAUCAUGAUCAUGACGAUCAUGAUCAUGAUGAUGAUUGGACAAAGUAA